UCACUAAACGUGUCCCACUUUACUGCCUCCGCUGAACUUCCGGCUUGCCAAGCGGAGCCUGAACGAAAACAAAAUGCGAUAGUUUAACUUCCCCGAUGAGCUGUGAUCAAUGACGGCGCUAUUACCGCUUCUCGGAAUAUUUCACUGUCUGCGCAUGCAACUGUCACAUCUCUCUAGCUGAGGCCUUUGGCAGCAAUUCACGAUUAACCAUGCAGUUCUCUCCCACAAACGGAGACUUUACGUUCGUCUCUUCGACGGAGGCUGAAGAGCUCAGUGGCACCAUCAGUGCCCCGGAUAUCAAGCUAAACGUGGGUAGCGACAAUGGUAAAGAUCCAUAUGCAACCACCUUCCUGAGGCAGAGAGGCUACGGCUGGCUGCUCGAGGUGGAGGAAGAUGACAGGGAAGAGAGUAAACCUCUUCUGGAGGAGCUGGACAUCGACCUGAAGGACAUCUAUUACAAGAUUCGAUGUGUGCUGAUGCCAAUGCCAUCGCUGGGUUAUAACCGGCAGGUGGUCCGAGACAACCCAGACUUCUGGGGACCUCUAGCUGUGGUGCUGCUCUUCUCCAUGAUCUCCAUCUAUGGGCAGUUCAGGGUUGUGUCUUGGAUCAUCACAAUCUGGAUUUUUGGGUCACUAACAAUCUUCCUGCUGGCUCGUGUUCUUGGUGGUGAAGUUUCCUUCGGCCAGGUCCUUGGAGUGAUUGGAUAUUCCCUUCUUCCUCUCAUCGUCAUAGCCCCUGUGCUCGUAGUUAUUGGAGGGUUCGAGGUGGUUUCUACCCUAAUCAAACUGUUCGGAGUGUUCUGGGCUGCUUACAGUGCUGCUUCACUGCUUGUUGGAGAUGAAUUUAAAACGAAGAAACCCCUUCUCAUUUAUCCCAUUCUCCUUUUGUAUAUCUACUUCCUUUCUUUAUAUACUGGUGUGUGACGACCAGUUGAAACUGGACCUUUCCAUGGACAUGGGGUAGGACGAGGGUGUGUAACUGCAGAACCAGGAUUUUUUUAAAGGGUUUCAUUUCUUUUUUAACUGUAUUUCAUUGUAAAUGGUGGGGGUGUUAGAAAUAUAUAACAAUGUAUAUAGUUGUGUUCCUCAUGUCUUUGGUCAAUAAAACACAUACGCUUUUCCAGCUGAAACGUCAGGACAAAGAUCUUGUUAUCACCCACGGCUGUUUAUUCAUUUAAUGGUAUCUUUUUUUACUCUUGAUACAACUGAAGAAGUUGGUGCCAAACGUGGUGAGGAAUUCAACAGAAGAGGAAGCAUUACAAAGAAAGAUUGUUUGAGCCUAAUGUUACAUUUCAUUUUGUGUUCAAAGCGACGUAUAAUAAGUGCAUUCAAUGUUCCUCAUUGCUAUGCACUGUGUGUUGUACGAGUGUCCAUCUAUGCUUUUUGAUUUUCUGUCUUGUUUUUCUUGUAAUAGCAGAGUCCUGUUUGCCAGCCGCUUCAUACAGGAAUAUAACCAUUUGAUCAACAUUUACACUAAAUCCAUAGCUAUUUGGCACUUUAACAUUAAACGUGGUGUUUCCUUUUUUUUCUUCAUAUAAAGCAAAGCACAAAUGUUUGUUUUGGUUCAAGAAAGACGUGUCAUGAAGUACAUUCAAAAUCCUCUGGGGGCCUCAAUUAUAAUCUGCUAAGACAAAUGUUUGACUAAUGUGUUCCUCUGAAGAGAAUUGUGGUUUAGGUCAGCGCUCUGGGAACCACCACAACAUGUGGCUGGUAUGUGGCUGAGGUUAAGCACCAUCCACUGAACCCAACUGAAGCUUCUGGUGGGAUUUAAAUGACUUCAUAUAUAUAAACUCCUGGAAUGGUCAGCCUUACAUACUCUCUCCUGUAACUUCGGUCCUAGGUCACUCUUGUUCUUGUUUUCUUGAUUCAUGUUUACUGCUUCAUACACGUAAACCACAUAAUCAAGUUGUUAAAAAAAAAACUCAAGUUUAUGAACCUAGUAAAUCCCCAAACACACAAUUCCCAAAGAGACAAAUGAAUAGAUAAAUGGAAAGUCAGUAGAUACACAGUUGAAGUAUUUCUGAUUAGGACCACUGUAGUUACUAGUUCAAAUCAGAGUAAGGGGCGAUGGUGGCGCAUGGAGUAGUCUAAUGCGCUGUGAGCUGCAAGGUUGGCAGCUGCGGUUUGAAUCCCGGCUUCCCCUUGUGCCACAUAGAAGUGUCCCUGAGCAAGGCCCCCAACCCCUACCUGCUUCCCAGGCAAAAUGUAAUGCAUGGGUUAAGAUACAAUGUAAGUCGCUUUGGAUAAGAGUGUCAGCUAAAUGUAAUGUAAUAUCCCGUAGAAGGUUUUAAAUCAAGUAGGUAUAAACUCUAUAUUGAUGAGAGAUCUAUGUGUAGUUAUGCUUCUGAACAACCCCACGAACCGAGGACAGGGUGUUUCACCUGGUGGUCCUAAGGGUGUUAAUGUAAAAGCGACAUCAUAAACGCAGUGUACACACUAUGAAACAUUCAAGUGCAGUAAACGGCAGCAUUGUCAAACUCUUACAUUCUUACAGAGCCUCAAAUGGGACUUAACAGGCUGAAUAACAUGCCACGGGACUUUUAGACCAACAAUAAAAGCAGCUCUGUGAGCCAAACGCGGCCAAGUGGCUACAGGCAGAUAGGAAUUUUGUUUGUUUUACAGGUAUUUGAUCAUAAACCAAAGGGAAAUUGAGAACAAAGAUCAAAAGUAAAGUUAUUGCAAAAUCUUGUGAAGGUAACAUGACCGCCACAUGCCAUUGUUUGGUAGGACCAGAGCAAAAGCCAUAGGCCUAAGAGCCGUGAAUGUCUGUACCUCAUUCUGAGCCAAUCCGUCCAGCAGACAUUUAAUGAUAAUAAAUGCCCAUGACAAGCACACAAACCUGCAAGCUCCCAUAGCAGUAACCCAAAAGGCUGUCAUUAUCAGUCAGAUUGAUAUAUGUAGGGCCAUCAUUUUGUGUAACUGCUAGUGAUUUGUACUUAGUGCACUGCACAGGGUGCUGUCAGGGGAAGGGGACACUCAGUAAGGUGUUGUAAUAGGAGCUUCCAUAACACAUGUUGAAACAUCAUUAUUCAAGGUGAGAGACUUAUUUUGUUUCAUGUGCCUCCAGUUCACGCAAUAAAUAGUUACAAUGUC